AUGGUACGCACGCAUGCCAGCCUUGCAAAGGAUGAAGAAAUCAAUGAAGCAAGCUGGGUAGCCGCCCAAGGCGCUGCCGUCGGCGCCGCCAAAGUACGUCCCAUACAUCGUUUCCAUUCUCCGAGGAAGAAAGGAACCCGGCCGAAAUGCCAUGGAUGGGGCCUGUCGUAAAUUCGAACAACCUAUACUGAUACAGAUCUACUGCAGUGGGGUGCAUUCUCGGCAGUUGCAGCAGGUUUAGGACUUGCCCUGUCGCCAAUCUAUCGUGGAUUGACGGUCCAGAUGAAGGUGUACGUACAUUGCAAAGACCGCCUAAGUUUCUGCGCGUUGACAUUUCCAGAUUCCUGCAAAUGAGUGGGAUGACGUUCGGAGCCAUUGUUGAAGCAGACCGAAGAUUGAUCCAGCACGAAAAGGUCGUCCGAAGACGCAAGCAAAUCGCAAGGGACGCACAUGUUUGGCAGAUGUAUGAAGAGGAUUACCAGCGGCAUGUAGAGCAGCAGCAGGAGCCAAGCAUGAAAGAGGAAUAG